AUGGCUGACAGCGGUGAUGAGGUACAGCGGAGGAGCCAGGAGGGCCUGGUGGCCACAGUGCCGGCUGGCCCCCUGUCAGCUAUCCAGAAAGCGCAAGAAGUCUACGACGUCGCGCAACUUCCAGAGCGCGACGCGUCGGAGAAAAUAUUUCAGCAUGUCCAAUCGUACGCUGACGAUAACGGUGGCGAAUACAUUGCAUUUUCCGGUGUCUCCAAACGAGUUUUCGAGAACUUCUGCAUUAGGCGCGAGCUUGAGCGCUCCAACGGUCGCGUAACAUACUUCGGCGCAGACAGCGGCAUUCUCCUAGUCAAGAUGCCUGCCCGCGCACAUGAAGUAGCCCAAGCAACCGCUAUUGAUGAUCUUAGAGAUCAGGCAGUCGCGAUGGGCCUGAAACGCAAGAUAUACCGCGUCGGAGUCUCUCAGUACGACUCAAUCGAUAACAAUGGCGCCGCUAAACAACCUGACGAUGGUCUGGCUCCAUCCGAUUACCGCUUUGCAGAUGGCGACUUCCCGACUUUUGUUAUGGAGGCUGCCAAUACCCGAUCCCUCCAGUGUAUCCGUGCGGCUAAGGACUAG